CGGCGGCGCCCAGAUGCGGCCGCGGUGGCGCGGAGCUCGGGCGGCAGUGGAUGAUCCCAGACUCGGCUGCGGCGGGAGUCACGGAGAGCGGAGCGGCGGGGAGGCGCGCAACAGGUUUCCCCGGCGUCGCGGCCCCCACCGCGGGACGUGCGCCCGAGCAGCACGGACUGGUCRCCUCGCACGCUCGCCCCGGAUCGUGGCAACAUGAAGGACCGGCUAGCAGAACUUCUGGAGUUGUCCAAGAGUUAUGACCAGCAGUUCCCAGAUGGGGAUGAUGAGUUCGAUUUGCCCCGUGAGGACUUCGUGUUUGAGACCGACCACAUCCUGGAGUCCUUGUACCGAGACAUCCAGGACAUUCAGGAUGAAAACCAGCUGCUGAUGGCCGACGUGAAGCGGCUGGGAAAGCAGAAUGUCCGCUUCCUCACGUCGAUGCGGCGCCUCAGCAGCAUCAAACGCGAUACCAACUCCAUUGCCAAGGCCAUCAAGACUCGGGGCGAGAGCAUCCACCGCAAGCUGCGCGCCAUGAAGGAGCUGAGCCAGGCCGCCGAGGCCCAGAACGGCGCAAACUCGGCGGUGGCGCGCAUCUCGCAGGCGCAGUACAGCGCGCUCACCCGCACCUUCCAGCAGGCCAUGCACGAGUACAACCAGGCGGAGAUGAAGCAACGCGAAAACUGCAAGAUCCGCAUCCAGCGCCAGCUGGAGAUCAUGGGCAAAGACGUCUCGAGCGACCAGAUCGAGGACAUGUUUGAGCAGGGCAAGUGGGACGUGUUCUCCGAGAACCUGCUGGCCGAUGUGAAGGGGGCGCGGGCGGCCCUCAACGAGAUCGAAAGCCGCCACCGUGAGCUGCUGCGACUGGAGAACCGCAUCCGCGACGUGCAUGAGCUCUUCUUGCAGAUGGCAGUGUUGGUGGAGGAGCAGGCAGACACGCUGAAUGUCAUCGAGCUCAAUGUGCAGAAGACUCUGGACUACACGGGCGUGGCCAAGGCGCAGGUGCGGAAGACCCUGCAGUACCAGAGGAAGGCCCCCUGCUGGACCAUCUGCUGCUGCUGCUGCCCGUGCCUCAACUAGCAGCUGGCCCACACCUCCACCACCCAUCCCUAGCCCGAGCCACCCUGGAAAGGACUGUCAGUGGCCAGGUCCUCUGCACUGGGCUGAGAGGCUCUCAAAUCCUUAGAAAAGAAGAAACGAGAGGCUCAAGAAUUGGAACCCAGCUCUUGCGGAAGGAGAUAGCUGAUACCUUCCAAGGUUGUUUCGGUAAAGACAGAUUACUAGUGAAGUUCUGUGACACUGCAUUAUUAAAUGACACUGCAUCUUUCCUCUCCCACCAAAGGUUAAGGAACUGACAUUAGACCUGACCAUAGGGUUGAUGUCCAAAGCACGCUUCCUGUUGAAGCUCAAGGAGAAGGUCGAUUUUACAUCCACUCACAGUAUGAACUCAUCAUCAAAACUUAAAUUCGUUUGUCUUGUCCUGAAAGUGUUGGUUCUGUCCAAUUUCCGGUGAAAUUGA